AUGCAAGCUUUGUACAUAUUCGUCGUCUCUCUACUUCUCACCCUCAGUUACAGGGUUGGUUCUUAUGUCUCCCACGGAAGCACCUCUACAAAUCUAUGUCUUAUGGAUCUAACUUUGAAUGGAGAAGCGAGUGGUUCUGUUUUCUUCAUUGAUGGAUCCAACAACCAAUACCUUCGUCCCCCUUCAGAGCAGGCGCUUCCCAUGUCUCUCUCAGAAAUAUCUGCAGCAGUGUCUGCCUUGUUGGGGUUUUCACCUCCACCUACUUUGACACCUGAUGGCUCCUCCAAGAUUCUAAAACCUAGUCCAUUUGAGAGGCCUCGUACUGCUUUUGUGCUAGAAAUCGCUGGAGCUGAUGAUGCGCUGGUGGAAACCUUACCUAGUCAGUCUUUCUUGGAAAAUGCCAUAAGAGGCAGUAUCAGCUCUGAUUCUUACAAAGCUGAUAUUGAACUUCCAGAAAGUGGAGUGGCUGUUAUUUCUGUCAAUGAACUCUCAUCUGCUAUGAGUGACAAAGACAUGAAUGAGUUUGCAUCUUGGUUAGGUGGAUCUUACGUUACUGGCUCUGCUGAACCAUUGACUGGAUUGCUUAGUAUCCCUUUGGCUGGUGGUGGUAACGUGGAGUUCCAUUUGGAAAAGGAAGCAGAGAGGAAAUUUGCAUCCAACCUAUUGGCUCUAUAUACGAAUAUAAAAGGGGUAGUCAAUCUUCAUGAGGAUUUAUUUCAUGCUGAGUUAACUGUUGGACGCUUUGGCGGUAUCGAUGCUUUAGCACAGGAGUAUGGACAAGGUAUGGCUAAGCAAGGGAUGGAUGUUCUGCUUGCCACACUGUCAAAGCUCUUCGAUCUGUUGGAGACAUCUCAUAAAGGCCAAAUUGUUGGAGUGAUCGUCCUCGAUGAGAGAGUACAACAAGAAUCAGCUAAUUUGCUGAGCGUUGGCUCUUCUUAUGGUUCAUCUGCACGGUCGAUGGCUGAGGUAGAGGGGGUUCCCAGUGCAGCCAUUAUCGCUCAAGUUAUACUUGUUAGGCUGACGCUUGCAUGGUUAACUGGAAUAAUCCUUCUCAUUGCGACUCUCCUUGGGGUGUAUUUCCUUAUGUACAUGCCUUUGACGAAGGACACGCUCCUAUACUCAAACGUGAAGCUCGAUUAA